CACCGUCUAGUCGGCUGCGCGCGCGCACUCCAGCGGACGUAUCGAGAUAAAUAAAAAUGGCGCCGGUUCAGAUAAACCAAUAACAACCGUUUAUCAAUCAAAACAUUUUUUUAUUUAAACCAGUGAUUUCAUUACAUUUUAGCCGUUGCCAAGUGAAAUUUUGUUUUUUGUGUUUUUUUUUCUUCAAUCGAUCGUCUUUAAUUAGUGUGAUUAAACAUACAUUGAUUGAACUCAGUUCAUUAAGAACCGCACGGUUAGAUUAAGCUUACUCAGUGUUAAUUAAUAAUUUUGAGAUCUUAAUUAAAAAAUACCUAACUAUUUCUAUUCAAAUUAUAAAAGAACUUGUUUGUUAUUUGAACCGCUAAAAUAUUUUAAAAUUAUAACAUUCGUCGGAAUAAAACACAUCUCAAACGCAAACAAACUUUUUUUUAAUCACGCAAAGGCAACUGCUUAUUCUGCCAUGUUAGCAAUUAGGUUAAAAACUUUUUGCUGAUGUAAAACUGUGUUUCUGUGAUACGGACUCAAACUAAUAAAAUGCUGUGGUUUUGCUUGGUGUUAUUACUGGGAACUGUGAGUUCCCAUAAUUCUAAUGAUACUGGGACUGCUGCUAAUAUAACAAGUAACCCAUGCACGGACUUGAACCACAUAUUCCUGGCACCCGGCGUGCUAACAGCCGGCGGGAUCAACAAGGCCUGCAUGUCGAGGUUCCACACCGAUGGGAUUGCUCGUCUACUGCUCACCCUCGUCACUGAGGACCGGCAGACCAUCAUGGCAUCCAGGGAACUGCCACCAGGAGAUGGUGGAUGUUUAGACAUCAAUGUACCCCAGCUUCCGAAUUCCAAGGCCGACUUGAUCGUGAAUAUGAAGUAAGUGGAUAAUAACAUAAUAAUACUAAGAGAUGUUGCGAUUUCAAUGCUGAAAUACUCCCUCAAUGUUAGUUAAAUGAGGUAUUAAGGAACCUGAUUUUCCAUAACAGGGCAUUGUUCUAUAUUUUGUUAAGAUAAGCGAAAUCCACAUGACCUCAGCCCUUCAAAAUUUCUUUUUUUUUUAAACACUUUUAA